GGCGAGCAGGCGGGUCCAUCCACGCCCAAUCCCAACCACGACAAACCUCCGCCUCCUCCACCGGAUCCAACCCAGGACGACAAUCCCGCCUCGGAUUUUGAGUGCAAUAUUUGCUUGGACGUGGCCAAAGAUGCCGUGAUCUCGCUCUGCGGCCAUCUCUUCUGUUGGCCGUGUUUGCAUCAAUGGCUGGAAACGCGCCCGCAGAAGCAGAUCUGUCCCGUUUGCAAAGCGGGCAUCAGUAAAAAGAAAGUCAUCCCGUUGUAUGGGCGUGGCAAUGCCGACCAGAAAGACCCGCGAGAUCAGGUCCCGCCCCGCCCCAAAGGCCAAAGACCCGAGCCGGAGACUCAAAACCCGGGCAGUAGCUUUUUCGCCCCCUUCGGCGGAUUGAAUGGAGGCGUAGCUCAGAUGUCCUUGGGGAUCGGGGCUUUUCCCUUCGGAUUCUUUUUCUCCACUUUCAACGUGGGCGGCGGGGGCGAUCUGGGGCGUGCUGGGGCCAAUCAGGCUGCCCCGGGCUCGGUCCAACACCAGGAAGAGGUGUUCUUGAACAAGGUGUUCUUGGCCAUGGCCAUUGCCUUCAUCUUCUGGCUCAUGAUUGCAUGAAUGCCCAGCAACCAACCAACACCUUGUCCGGUUUUGUGAUACAUUUUUCCAACAGUUCUUUUUUUAGCGAGAGAAUGAAAGAAAUAAUCUUAGAAAUGCUAAAAAUAAUAAAUUGAUAAUUCCUUGUGAAUAAGUCGUUGAAAUCUAUCUCUAUGUCAUAGCCGUUACAUUGCAUUUUUCCAGAUUUUCAACCAUGUUGCAG